AUGCGGCCCCUAGCACCAAGAGAGCCAACUUUCUUCUGCGCCCCCUUAGACGCACACAAUCGAGUCAUCGACCCACCAGAUCCUGCAGGCCUCAUUGAUUAUUUCAGCCAUGGCCAUGCGGUCUAUAUAUCCCCGGAGGAGAAGAUGCGCAAGGAAACGCUUUUCAUGGAGGGAGUGAUGGUCGAUGCCAACAACACAAACCUCGUGUGCGUCUUCGUUGACGUGCCAAAUGCAUACCAGACCGCAGAACUCAUCCGUUCUUCCAUUACCGAACUGGAAAGAAGAUACCAGGACGUCGCCGAGGACCAUAUUGGCCUCCCGCAAAGCCCCAAUGACCUUGAGUAUUAUACCCAUCCCACUAUCUGGAACUGCGGCAUCUACCCUGGACAUCCACAAGCUGCUUUGGGGCCGGGGUUUACGCGAAUUUGCUUCACGUUCGCGACCACCGCUAGACAUAGUGGCGAGGUACUUCAGGGGCUGUAUUACAUGCUCCGGGAAUUAUAUAUGCAUGUCUUAAAGAUGGAGCACAAUGAAACACCGAGCGAGAUGGGAACUCAAGUGUCAGGGUCUCAAUCCCCAGAACCCACUGCAAGAGAGCGAGCUUGGCGAGUCAGAUCACGGGCCCCCCCGAAUAAGCCAACGGACUUUGGCAGAGAGAUCAGCGAAUUUCGGAGAGAGCUGAGGGAGCAUGAGGCAUAUUCUCAUAUGGCUUUAAAGCUAGAUCGGCCCGGAAUACUGUGUCUUUUUGAGCAAUGGGUCGUAGUCGACCUGGUCACGAGAGAGCGCAUCUCCCUCUUCUUCCAUAUACCCUGGAGUGACACCGGAAAUGUCAAUGCCCUCUAUGCCAUUAAGGAAUCCAGGAAAGAAGCAGACAAGAUCCCGAGGAACAAUUCCUCUCACAUGGUACACCCGUCACACGAAGUUCCUGGGGGAAAACAGAGGAUCUGUUUCGAGUUUGAAACAUCUUCGGAGACUCAGGCGGAGGUGCUUGAUUGCGACUUGAACAGACUUUUUGAUGGGAUUGAGCAGGACCUGGAGGAGAUGGACGAAGAAGGUCGAACACUGACUCUUCCGAUUAAGUAUAAUGGUAGUUAUGUGUUUCAGGAAGGAAAAAUUGAUAAGAUCAACGAAUGGAAUAGGUCGCCUAGCAACAUCAAAGCUAAAUCUCUUUGA